GAGAUAUAGACGAAGAUGGCAUUCCAUUUACUUACAGUCAUUGUGGACGGUGGAUGGGCCAAGCGUUCUUACGGGCAUAAAUACAACUCUCUUUUCAGGAGUGAUUUUGGUAUUAUCAAGCUCAAGAAAAUGGAUAAUUUCCAAAAAAUUGAGAAGAUUGGUGAAGGCACUUAUGGCGUUGUAUACAAGGCAAAGAACAAGAAGACCGGUGAAAUGGUGGCCAUGAAGAAGAUCCGGUUGGAGAACGAAGACGAGGGCGUGCCUUCCACCGCCAUCAGAGAAAUCUCGCUUCUGAAGGAGCUGCAGCACCCGAACAUCGUCAGGUUGGAAGACGUGCUGAUGGAGGAGCCCCGCCUCUACCUCAUCUUCGAGUUCCUGUCGAUGGACCUGAAGCGCUACCUGGACCAGCUGGGGCCGGGCAAGUACCUGGACGCGGAGAGGACGCGCUCGUUCCUGUACCAGGUGGUGCGGGCCAUCCUCUUCUGCCACCAGCGGCGCGUGCUGCACCGCGACCUCAAGCCCCAGAACCUGCUGGUGGGCUCGGACGGCGUCAUCAAGGUGGCCGACUUCGGGCUGGGCCGCGCCUUCGGCAUCCCCGUGCGCAUCUACACCCACGAGGUGGUGACGCUGUGGUACCGCGCCCCGGAGGUGCUCCUGGGAGCCACGCGCUACUCCUGCCCCGUCGACAUGUGGUCCAUCGGCUGCAUCUUCUCCGAGAUGGCUUCCAAGAGGCCCCUGUUCCAGGGAGACUCCGAGAUAGACCAGCUGUUCCGCAUAUUCAGGGUGCUCCGCACUCCGACGGAGAAGCUGUGGCCCGGAGUGUCGAAGCUGCCCGACUACAAGGCCUCCUUCCCCAACUGGACGGACAACAACCUGGAGAACCACGUCAAGAACCUGGACGGCCUGGCGCUGGACCUGCUGCAGGAAAUGCUGACGUACGACCCGGUGCACCGCAUCUCGGCCAAGGACGCGCUGAAGCACCCGUACUUCGAGGGCUUGGAUCUCGCCUCGCUGCCGGUCGUCUGAGCGAGCCCGCGUUUGUUCCUCUCUGUGACCUCUUUCCGUGGAGUUGCCCCAUUGGCUGAGAGUUCGGACGCACUGCGUUCUUUGUUUUAGCCUCCGCGUUGCUCACUCUGUCGCUCUCUCUCUAGGCACGUGAAGUGUGGACCUAUUUGCGCGGCGUUCACCGAGCUGCUGCACUUUAUCCCAAAGGGAAUUUUUUCCCAAAGCCAUCUUUUUCGAUAAAUCUAGCCGUGGAAUUUUUUUUUUCCCCGGCUAUAUUCUGCCAAUUGUGCUCUCAUUGGUGACGUAAAAUCAAAUGUGUCAAGUUAAAACAAAAACCAGUUUCCCAUUUUUGAAAAAAAUGCUGCCAUUGGCUGUAGCUACUUAAUCGUGUUCUGAGUGGCAAGGCGGUUUAACUUUUUUUUUUUUUGUAGUGUUAGAAGUAAUGAGUGGUUUGUAAGAUCGGAUGUUAUAUGUCUAUUUUAGUCUGUAGUUCCUUUUAGCGGUGACUAUCCAUAAAUUAUCUUGUUUGUUGUUUUUUUCUAUUUAGUAUACUUUUUAGAAUCUCUUAUUGUUUGAAUGAAACUCCUGUUGAGUUGCCAUACAGCAUUGAUAAACACCCGCCAGGGUUGAAUCUAUGAAUUUGCUUGGAAUGUUCUUUACCACACUUUAAGAAUAUAUGUAAAUAAAUAUGUAUAUAUGUA